AGUGCUAGCUUGUUGCUCGAUGCAGCAGCAGGAGCAGGCUGCAUGGUGACCGUCACAGAGAAAGACAGUAGAAGAGAGAGGGGCUAAAACGAGAGAGGACUCACCGCUCCCGGUCUCCACUCAUGCCAGCGGACACCGGCAGCGGCCUCGGACCGGACGGACGGACAGCAGGACCGCGAAUCACCGGAAACAUGGCGGCGGGAACAACAAGCUGCUCGGAGCCUUAGCGUCCACAAAUCAGAAGCAGGAGGCGAGCGGAGGAGCAUCACCUAUACAGAGGCAAUGAGGUGAGCGCUGAAAGCAGCGUCCUGUUUCAAACCAUCAAUACGACCAACGCACUGAGACGAGCCAUGGCCUACAAGAUACCCGGGGCAGCGAUGGACAGAGUCAGCCUGCUGUGGCGUCUGAGGCGUCGGGCUCGCCGCGGCGCGCUCUGCAUGACCUUCUUCUGCAUCUCCAUGGCUCUGCUCUACGCCAUCUGCGCUGAAAACAGCGUGCCCGUCACCGACGCCAUCUUUGGCGUCCGGGCACGAACCCGCGCGCAGCCUCAUGCACACAAUGUCAUCAAGGUGCUGCGAGGUGGAGCCAAGCCCAUGUACACGGACCCUCAGAAGCUCCCGGGCGUCAUCCCAGGUGACCCUCGCCGUCCGAUCCCCGUCCUGUCCUCAUCCAACCACAGCCACGAAGCCAGGGAUUCGUCGUCGAAGCGGAAACAGCGGGAGCCCCCGGGGUUUUUUAGCCGGCUGCUGCCGCGCCCCUUCACGCGAGCGCUGGAGACCCUGUUCGGGGGCCGGCGGAAGGGCGAGCUGAGCGGCAGAGGCAGCGACGCCGAGUUCUUCGGGCCUAACGGGCUUUUGGGAGAGGUGUGGGACGACGAGAUGUCCAGCAGCAUGCUGGGAACCAGGAUGAAGAAGGUGGUGCAGAACUACCAGGCGAUGAACAAAUACGGAGUCGAGCUGUCGGGCCCCGGCGGCGUCUCUGGCACGCCGAAGCUGAGCGGUUCCGAGCUUCUCUGCCAACUGAAGGACAAAGUAGAGGUCGCGACUUUGACCCCUGACCUCCAGCCCUUCUCCUUGCUGCCCUGGGCCACCCAGCUGCCUCCGCAGCAGCUGACCUCUGACCUCGGACCCUACAAGAGCUGUGCUGUGGUGUCAUCGGCGGGGUCGCUGCGCUACUCUGGGCUGGGCAAAGAGAUCGACUCACAUGAAGCUGUGCUGCGCUUCAACGCUGCGCCCACCACCGGGUACGAGAAGGAUGUCGGGUCCAAAACCACCAUCCGCCUCAUCAACUCACAGGUGAUGGCGUCUGAUGACCACCGCUUCCUGUCCAGUUCUCUGUACAGCUCAGGUGUUCUGGUGGCCUGGGACCCCGCCCCCUUCUCUGCUGAUCUCACAAAGUGGUUCAACAGGACUGAUUACCCCAUCUUCACCCAGUACCAGAGGUACAGGAGGCUCCACCCUCUGCAGCCCUUCUACAUCCUACAUCCUCGCUUGGAGUGGCAGAUCUGGCAGCGAAUACAGGACAACAUGGCCGAGCCCAUCCAGAAGAACCCGCCCUCCUCCGGCAUGCUCGGCACCGUCCUGAUGAUGUCGCUGUGCGAGCUGGUGCACGUGUACGAGUUCCUGCCGUCCCGGAGGAAGACGGAGCUCUGCCAUUACUACCAGCGUUUCUACGACGCCGCCUGCACGCUGGGCGCCUACCACCCGCUGCUGUACGAGAAGAACCUGGUCAAGCGCAUGAACCAGGGCUCCGACCGCGACAUCUACACCAACGGACGCGUCACGCUGCCCGGCUUCAGGAAGCUGAACUGCAGCCAGACUGCCGGAGGAGACCGCUGACUGCAAGCAUCAACGCACAAAUCUGAGUCCUGCAUGAAGAUGAGCCGACGCAUGCAAACCUCAUCCACACUACCGAACCACAAGGAGCGCUCUAUAAAUAUUUCAUGCUGUUAACACACACACUGGAGUCCGAUCAGCUCAUACAUGUGCUGCUGUACACACAUCCCAGUGAGGUCAUUGACACGUGUUCCUGAGUCUAAAUCAUGACCAUUGGAUGCUUCUUUCAAUUAGUUGCCCAAAUUUUGAUGCUCAUGUUGACCUUAAAGGGUAAUUCUGGUGGUUUUCAAGGAAUCUCGGUGAUUGCCUAUAACUCAGGGGUGGGGAACUCCAGGCCUCGAGGGCCGGUGUCCUGCGGGUUUUAGAUCUCACCCUGGGCCAACACACCUGAAUCAAAUCAUUACCAGGCCUCUGGAGAACUUCAAGACAUGUUGAGGUCAUUUAACCACUUAGAUCAGCUGUGUUGGAUCAAGGACACAUAAACUGCAGGACACCGGCCCUCGAGGCCUGGGGUUUCCCACCCCUGCUAUAACUAUCACAAUGAAGCUCGUACGAGGUGGAGAGAGUACACGAAGAGUGACUGACAGACCACCAAAAAUGUCCACUGAUCAAAAAGUGCAUAUUAAUAUAUUCCAGGACAGAUUCCCUAACAGCCAACCUGUUUUAUGGAUGUAUCACUGUUAGGGAUGGGUAUUGAUAAGAUUUUAACGAUUCCGAUUCCAUUUUCGAUUCUGUUUAACGAUUCGAUUCUUUAUCGAUUCUCUUAUUGAUUCUUUUGAAAAAGGAGAACACUAAGGUCGAUUAGCUUAGUACUUUGUUUUUAUCUUCUCUUUGAACAAGAUAGAAAUUUAGGAGUAACAUGGCCUUACAAACCCAACAGUGUGAUCUCAAGAGAACCAGCCUUCAAUGGGGUGUCACAGGGUCCCCAGGAAAAAAAAAUGUAAAUGUAAAAUAAUAAAAUAAAUAUUCUUCUGUAGUAUAACAUAAAUUAUUCUGUAGCAAUUACACAAGAAUAUCCAGUAAUGUCCCUGCCUACAAUUAAACACCUUCACUUACCGAAAAUCGGGGGCAUCUGCUGUGACAAAUGGGUGCAAGGCUUUGACUACAAACUUAGUCACUGCUCGGUGACAUUCAUCCUGGCCUGAAAGGAGACGCUACCGGUAGACUGCAGCGAGAACUGCCAGCAGCUGAGCCAGCCAGACUCUGUCUCUCUCAUCAUGGUCACCUAAAUGCACAGUAAUGGCAGGUUUUGUAAUAAAGCAGAUCGCGCUAACAUAAUAUGCACUGUUAGUUGCUUAUUUACCUGCCGCAUUAACGGGAGAGGACGUGCAAACGUUACCGCUGCUGCUGAGUUCAGAUUCACGAGUCCGGAGCGGAAUUAAAAACACGACAUUCAUUUAAGGUCAUCGCGUGUUUUGUGAGCAAAUGCUUUUGCAGAUUCGUAGUGUUUCCUCCCUUAAGUGAAAUAUCUACUUUGCAAGUUGCCCUGUUGUCAUCCGUUCUGGUAAAGUAUAAACAAACUUUUGAGCCUUUGAGCCGCCAUGUUUCCUGCCAGGUAAAUGACGCUCCGCAACGUGGUGACGUCAUUCGGGGCGACUGGAAUUGAUAAGGGAAUCGUUUGCAAAAAUGGCAAACAAUUCCAAGGAAUUGAAACAGUGGGAACCGGUUCUCAACAAGAACCGGUUUUCGAUACCCAUCCCUAAUCACUGUUAGCUUUUUCUACAGCCCUGUUUUGAGGGUUCCAAAAUCAUUUCUUCCUGAAGCAGAUAAAAGUCCAAAAUUUAGCAAACUGGGUCAUAAAUAUCAGUCAUGCACAAGUCCAGCGUCACCGUCUCUGCUUGUGAUGUGUGUUUGUGUUCUGGUGACAGUUUUGUUCAGGCAGUAGGAGGCCGCUGUGCCCUCUGUGUGAUUCCAUACAUGAUGCUUACACACCUCACUAAACCUGUUUAUUGAAGAAAAUACUGCCUGCACAUGAGUUUACUUCUAACUUAACCCAAAAGGUCACUUCGUAGGUUUUUUACACCCUUUGUGAGUCCUGCCAUUUCCAGUAAUCUUUUUGUAAUCCUCACGUAGUGUAAAUAUUAUGAAAGUAUUAUAGGAGGAGGGUCUUUACUGUGAUAUCAGCAUUUGAUUUUUCUCUAACGUAAAAGCCCCACUCGGGUUAUAUGAACAUGCUAACUGGCUUUACAUACUUGAUUGAUCUUUUAUUUGCAGUAUUUGUUUCUUCAGUCCCUGACACACUGAGCACGUGGCAAAAAUGACACAAAGUCCAAACUUAUAGUUUAACGGUGCCUGUAACAUGUUGUGGAAAAAAUGCACUGUGAUAAAAAUGAAGUUGACAUGUAGCCACGAUGAGCUGCUCCUGAUGCUUCUAAACAAGAAAUGGAAACUUCUCAGGAGAGGACAGCAGCAGGGAGAAUGUGAUGGCCUGAUCCAGGAGUUUAUCACGACCGUGGAUAUUUCAGGAUGUCAGUGGGGCAGUUUGAGCUGUUGUUGUCAGAGUGUGGACCACAUCUCAGGGUGCAGAGAAAUCAUUUAACAGGGCUGAUUGUCCCAGAGCAGCAUGUAGCUGUGCGUCUGAUGUAAAACAGUAUUAUUUUACUAUUUGUGUAUUCGGUAACAGUGCACGCUUUGAGCUACAAACGCUAGUUCUGAUUGGUCCGAUCAGCUGAUUUGAAUCGUAAAAGUUGAGCAUGGUUUGAAAAAAUAAAUGUUCAAAUUCAUCCAGUGAAAUCAUUGGCUCUGUGUAAACGAAGAGUAGGUGAGUCUGGCAGUUUCCACCAAAACAGUUAGUUAGUGUGACUGAGCCUAAACUUACACCGCUGCUUACACAUUUUCUAACAAAGCCUAGAAAAGAGUUUCACAUAAAGUACACGUAUUGUUGCUGUCUGCAGACAAACACCCUCCAAUUAAACAACCAGCCAAACUAGCAACAAACUGAAAAACGUUUUUUGCUAAUGGUACUAUCGCAAAUCAGAACUGAUUCAGAAUUAUGUGAGGCUUUAGGUACUCUGGGGUUUUUUAGCUAAUCAUGAAAAUAUAAAGUGCAGGUAUGAGCUAAGGUAGUAGAUUACAAAUAUUAAUUUCAUAUAGUUUACACACGAGCAGUUUCUACCACAGCUUCUAUUAACAAGCAGCUAACGCUACUAGCAUAAAAGACAAGGGGUAGGUAGCGCUGUGUCCUUCUAGAAUUAUCAAAAAUGUUAAUAAGUUUGUUUUUAUAUGUAAGGUGAGCUUUCUCACUUGAGGACAUUUAUGGGCAAUUCCAUUUAAUUUGCAAGUCAAUGUAACAUUUUAAAAAGUCACUAAAUGUCCAAAACGUCUUCGAGUCUUUAAGCUAAUUUAAGCAAUUUUAAUGCAAAAAGCAUUAUAAGAGUUUUAUGAUCCAUAUAAUGCUCCUUGUGUCAUUUGCACUAAUUAUGCUCCUGCUGGUUUCUAUUUAUGCUGGAUUUUGUGCAGAAAAUGUUUGGGUUAAAUGAUUUUAACUUAAGUAUGUAAACCGAGUUUUUCUCACUAGCUUUAAGGCUACUGGAGAGGCUGCUGAGUGGUCAGUUAGCUUAGUUAGUCAUCUUACCUAUGAUCUGAUGGCAAUUUCUUCUUUACUUUUCUUUACUGUAACAUCUGUAUGACUGCUCCGUUUUCAGUGCUAUCACAGUAAAGAUCAGCCUCGGGAGGAUUUUUGACUUAAUCUCUUAAUACCGAUGAAUGUUUAAAACCAGUUUUCCCUAAACUAGUGUUGUAACAACGAGAAAAUAUCAACAAAAGAAAUCUCUGAGAAAACAGAGAAAAUAUCCGCAUGGCACUAACGCAGCUCCUCAUUUCUCAUCACUAACCACAGUCCACUGUAAAACGUGUUAUUUGCUAGCUUCAUAUUUUCGUUCUUUGACUCUCGCUAUAGGCUAUUAGUAGCUUUGCAUGGUUCACAAUCUUUAUGCAGACCCCCUCCUAACAGCCUACUCUUGUCUGAUUGGUCAGGUGAGGUGCAGGUAUUCAAACAAAUAAAUAUAUAUCUCAUAAAAUACAGAAAAGCUAAUAGAUCCCCUUGAAAUAUACGACUAGCUGGGCUAGUUAGCAUUUAUCAGGACGAGGUUAACUGAUGGUGAUUUUUUUCUCCGAUAUAAUCAGAUGUAGCUCAAAUUUUAUGUAGUAUUUCAUAUAUUACGAUGUUAUAUUGUAUAUGUGAAUACAUGAAACAUGCAAAAGUGGGGAAAUCAGCUGUAGCAAACUUAAUCUCACCAGCUAGCUUUAAUUAGCCACGAUGCAGACACUAGAGAUUUUUAGAUGCAGUUAUUUUUAUUUUUUCAGAUAAAACACACUUCUCUGCUGUAACAAGUACAAGUUUAGUAACAUGUAAUAAGUGCUUUUUAACUAUGAUACAUGCUAACACAGCUAAUUUAAUCCUGAAGCAGAACGACUCGGAGCUCGAGCAAAGUCGUCAAGAACAAAAAUGACUCUGCUGUUGUGUUCUGGUCACUUCAGUUUCAUGUUUACCAAGACUUCAUUGUUUAGUCAAAGUCACACACUUGAAUGAUUGAUGUCAUUGCAUUUCAGAGCAAAGCUAUGAGAACAUUUCCUCCCUAUGCAGUCGAGUCUCUGUGUACAUUCAUGUGAAGCCUUUUGAUAUUCUGUUGUUUCAGCUUACAGAUGCACUUUUCCUCUGCUUUGCCUUCAUCCUCUUCUGUUUCUGACAGGAUUGGUUAAAUGUUGUGAACUUAGAUUUAAUUUCUUUAUUUUUUUUUCUUUGCUGUCUUGUAACUUAAUAUCAGACUAAAAAUGUGCAGAGUUCUAGAAGCAUGCAGCUGAUCUGUCUUUGAGAUGAUUUGAUUUGUUUGAUCCUUUUCUGUGAUAUUUUCUAAUUCUCAGCUCUACCUUCUGUUCCUGUUUGAAAUAUUUUUUUGAUUAAUUGUAAAAAAUAAAUAUGAUAAACUCUAAAUUCCAAA